CGGAAGAACAAUGACAGCUUCAAGUCAACAUUGACUUCACCUCCGCGCCGAAGUGGAGACCGGAAGUCCAUCCGUUCCCCACAAAACAUCCCCAGCAUCGGGGCAGUUACCGAAGGGUCUUACACGUUGACCUCUCAGGGUAUAAAAAGCCCAUCCUUAUCUUUCCGUAUCUCCCCUUACAUCUUUAUACUCUUCAUACCCCAUAAACCGCCAAAAUGUCUAAACUCGUUCCUCUCACCGUCAUCAAGGGCGCCGGCCACGAAUUCAUCCCUCUGCCCCAGGGCGAGAACGCCACUGUCGCUGACUUCCAUACCAUCCGCACAAAGACCGAUGCCCCCGCUCACAUCACUUCUGGCUUCUACAAGAUCGAGGCUGGUCCUGCUCGUCCUGCGCACUAUGACUUUGAGGAGAGCAAGUAUGUCCUGAGUGGUCAGAUUGAUGUCUUGGAUGAGGCUACUGGUAUUACGCAUCACCUUGUUCCUGGCGACUUUGCCUUCUUCCACGUUGGCUCCAAGGUCAAGUUCUCUACCCAAUCCCAGGGCUUUGCAUUCUACGCUGUCACUCGACCUGUUCGCGCGCCUCACCCCAACCUGAAGGGCCGCGAGGAGGACACCAAGUCCCGCCUGUAAAGUUUAAAAAAGGAUAUUGGAAAAACAGUUUACGACAAACGUCUAGUAUGAUAAAAUAGACGAUAAUAGAGUUUAUUUCCCGCCGCCAAUGACAGCUUCUAUUCGCGCCACUGUUAAUCUUUGACGAUGAAUCUAACUAAUAAUCAUCCCGUGAUGCACUGCAAGGUCUGAUGUGUUCCAAUGCUUGACUAUCUUACCACUGCAGAGACAGGCACUGACGGGCGAUAAGUGUCGUCAUAACAUCUUUGACAAUUUGUGACGUGACGCGCGGCGGAUUCAGCAGCGGUUAACAAACCUGCUGAUGAGGUCUCAGCGAACAGAUGUUCAGAUCACGCAAGCUCUAUCACACAUUCAUAGCCCGAAACUCAGAGAGACUCAUUCACAAUACAUCAAGUACCGCCCAAAAGAAUAAAACUAGGCUCUGUAACCCAAUCUCCCGACAUCGCACCAGACAUUCCAACAGAAAACAAACCAAUCAAGAACCUUAACCGAGACAACCAACCUGGCACAAAAAUGGCCACUUGCAUCGGAUCUUGAUAUCUGCUACCCAAGAUUGAGAUCUUCAAUCUCGAAGACCUCGAUGCUGCUUUGGAGAAAAUUUACGGCGAGGGCAAAGUAACAUGGAAAACGGUUGAUAAAUCGCUCAUUUUCGAAUCACAAACUGUUGAUUUGGUUGGCUUGAGAGAAAAGCUUGGGGAUUUGAAAUUGACGUUUACGUGGCCUGAGUUCGCAGCCAGAGAGCUAGAUUGAACGACCUACAAAUAAAAUACCACCAACUGUUCACGCCCACUAAGUCUGUCACAAUAACGUGUAUGAUGCUGAUA